UUCGUGAGAAAAAAAAAAAAAAAAAGGCCUCCCGGAAAGGAAUUGCAAAAUACUUGUGCUGGGAUCACCAGGAGGUUGUGUUGUGUUUGGGUUUGCUUCCCGGCGAUUUCCAGGCGCCCGCUGACUCCGAGCUGCGCUGGAUUUCCUCGCUGGGAAGUGAAUUUGUGUAUUUUAAACACGGAUCUCGAAGAAGAGUCCUGUGAAAGUCACUUUGGAUUUCCUAAUUUGGAUCAAGAUCUUUUCUUAACGUAAGUUAAAACCAAGACGGCGGCGGGACCAACGACCCAGCAAGAUAAAAGCUCCGGGGAAAUGGCAGACUUCGGGAUGUCUGUUUGUCCGGCCGAGGUUUAUAUCACGUAGAAGGAGGGAGUGGAACGAAACAUGUUUUUUGGUUGCCCAAGGAAUGUUUUCUUAAAUUGGUGCACUUAGAUCGCUGGAGUUACUUGAAUGUACAGACCUUGGUGUCAGAUGUUAGAGGAUUUAUAUCUUUUUUAUUUCUGUGUGAAAUCGGCUAAGCCUUUUCCCACAGCUCGGUAGCAGGUCCCAAGCCACUGAAGUGCGUGACGGCUGGGUCUAGCAGCGACCCUUGGACUAUCUGGAGGUAUUGUUGUUGGUUUAUUGUUUUUUUUGUUGUUGUUGUUUUUUUGCUGCGGGGAUUGAGUUACACCGUCCCCCUGGGAACGGCCAUGGCGUUGAAAGCCAGAGCACUUUACAAUUUCCAGAGCGAAAACAAAGAGGAAAUCAGCAUCCAGGAGAACGAGGAGCUCGUGAUCUUCAGCGAGAACUCCCUGGAUGGGUGGUUACAGGGUAAAAACAGCCGCGGAGAGACAGGCCUCUUCCCUGCCUCCUAUGUCGAAAUCCUCCGGUCCAGGUCAGGCUCCAAUUAUACGGACUAUUCUCACAGCCCCGCCGGCUCCCCUGGGCACGACUCCUCCUUCUACGUGGCUCCGACCAACCCCAGUGUCUCCUACCAGGGCAGUUUUGAGGACGACGAUGACGACGACUGGGAUGACUGGGAUGAUGCCUGCACAGUGGUGGAGGAGCCUCGGAGCACUCCAGGCACCAAUGGGCACCCUUCGCCCACGCUGCAGUACCCCACGGCUUACUCGCACCAGCACGCCGGCUACCGCCCCAAGCCGGCGCUGGAGAGGCAGGACAGCAUGAGCUCCUCCAAGAGGGGCAGCGUGGUGGGGAGGAACCUCAACCGCUUCUCCUGCUUCGUCCGCUCUGGGGUGGAAGCCUUCAUCCUGGGCGAUGUGCCUCUGAUGUCCAAGAUCGCAGAGGUGUACUGCAUUGAGAUGGGCUCCAAAGGCCCCCAGUGGCGGGCGAAUCCCCACCCCUUCAUCUGCUCCGUGGAGGACCCAACCAAGCAAACCAAAUUCAAAGGCAUCAAGAGCUACAUCUCCUACAAGCUGACCCCCAGCAACAUCAACUCUCCCGUCUACCGGCGGUACAAGCACUUUGACUGGCUGUACAACCGCCUCCUGCACAAGUUCACGGUGAUCUCGGUGCCCCACCUGCCUGAGAAGCAGGCCACCGGCCGCUUUGAGGAGGACUUCAUUGAGAAGCGCAAACGGCGGGACGAGAUGGUGGGGGCCAGCUUCCUGCUCACCCUCCAGAUCCCCACGGAGCACCAGGACCUGCAGGACGUGGAGGACCGUGUGGAUGCCUUCAAGGCUUUCAGCAAGAAGAUGGACGACAGCGUCCUGCAGCUGACCAACGUGGCCUCGGAGCUGGUGCGCAAGCACGUGGGGGGUUUCCGCAAGGAGUUCCAGAAGCUCGGCAAUGCUUUCCAAGCCAUCAGCUACUCCUUCCACAUGGACCCCCCGUACAGCUCAGACGCCCUCAACAACGCCAUCUCCCACACGGGCAAGACGUACGAGACCGUGGGGGAGAUGUUUGCUGAGCAGCCCAAGAACGACCUGUUCCUCAUGCUGGACACUCUCUCUUUGUACCAGGGGCUCCUCUCCAACUUCCCGGACAUCAUCCACCUCCAGAAAGGCGCCUUCGCGAAGGUGAAGGAGAGCCAGCGGAUGAGCGACGAGGGGCGGAUGGACCAGGACGAGGCGGACGGCAUCCGGAAGCGCUGCCGCGUGGUCGGCUUCGCCCUGCAGGCCGAGAUGAACCACUUCCACGAGCGGCGCGUCGCCGACUUCAAAAGGAUGAUGCAGUCCUACCUAAAGCAGCAGAUCAUCUUCUACCAGCGAGUGAGCCAGCAGCUGGAGAAGACGUUGCGCAUGUACGACAACCUCUAACGCCCGCCCGGGCCCGACGCAUCUGCUUGCUGUCCCUCCGAAAUCACGCAGUUUGCUAUCCGGAGCCUUGCAGACCACCUCUGUGAUGGACUGAGAACGAACGGCAACUCAUGACGCUAGUGACCAAAAUACCUUUGGGCUUUCUUCCAUCUUCCCGAGGCUGGCGGGCUGCGGGCCUGCAGGGAAAGGAUCGUACUCGUGUCUUCUGGCUCGCCGUGCCACUUCUUUCCCGGUGGAUGGCUGUCCCCGGCCUCCCAGCCUGCAGCGGGUCUGCCGGGGACGUGGGUGUUUUUCACAAGAGAAAUGGCCAUUGACUUAGCGGUGCUGGUAUCUCUGUCUAGUGAUUUGUAGCUUUCUGGAAACCCAUCCUCCCGGAGCAGGGAGGGGGGUACGUCCCAGCCCUGUGGGAGCAGAAAUCGAAGCGGGCGACGUUUUGCACACUACAAGCUUUUCUGAUGGAAAAAGAAAAGAUCUUUAUUUGGAAGAGUGAUUUUUUUUUUUUCUCCACAAAAUAUUUUCAAUAUUUUCCAUUUUUCGCAAAUGUUUCCGCAGCAUUUUUACCAAUCAGUUUUUAAUAGACACACAGAGGCGAACGGAAAUCUCUUUCUCAAGCACGGCUGUUGACUGGAAAAAGGGGGAAAAAAAAAGCCAAAAAAACAAAAAAAAAGAGCCCCACAGCAUUUUCAAUAAAAGCAU